GAAGUCUUUAUCUGUUCACCAAAAGAGGAAAUCUCGUCUUUUCAUCGCAGCUCCAAAUCCACGCCGGUGAGAAAGACAACUUUGCUGUGUUUUGGAUCAUGGGAGGUUAUUAUGGUCUGGUGUUUCUGGUGGUCUUCACCCUGAUUCCUGCCCGAUGUGAUGAGAGUUGUGGGGAGAGAGACGGCCGGGCGGGGGAGGCAGGAGCUCCAGGGAGAGAUGGAUAUCCAGGAGCCAAGGGAGAGGAAGGAGAGAAAGCGGUGAUGUUGGAGGGUCCGGUGGAUGAGGCGGUCCUGAGGAGGCUGAAGGGGGAGGCGGGUGGGCGAGGCCAGCAGGGGGUCAUGGGUCCUAAAGGGUACCGAGGACAUCUGGGAGCCGCGGGACAACCUGGAGAGCCCGGUCGCCCCGGAGCCGAGGGGAAGGGCAUCAUCUCUGGAGGACAGGGGGCUCAGAUGGCUCGAUCAGCCUUCUCAGCGAUUCGGACUCACAACAGUUAUCCUGGCUUUGGACAGCCGAUAACAUACGAGCCUGCCGUGGUAAACACACCUGAGGGCGGCGAUAAGGACUUUAACGAGGCCACAGGUCACUUCACCUGCAGAAUCCCCGGAGUUUAUUACUUCACCUUCCACUCUAUGGCCAAGGUGAGCAUGUGUCUGAAUAUAGCGAGCCCAGCUUUGACCAACAGCCUGGGAUUCUGUGAUUACAACAGGAACACUGAUCAGGUGCUGUCGGGUGGCGUAGUUCUUCAGCUGACGGCUGGACAGAAGGUUUGGCUCGAGUCCUUCAGAGACCAGCAGAAACCCACUGAAUAUAGAGACAGUCAAGCCAAACAGAUCAUCUUCAGCGGCUUCCUGCUCUUCUGAAAUCUAGAAUAAAGUGCAAUCAUUUACACAGGAAUUCCCCAAAUCUGAGACCACAUAAAGCAGUUUUCAGAAGGGGGAAUUCUCCAUAAAACAGUAGAGGAAUAUCUCUGAACCCUUCGUACAUGCAACUAAAAUAAAAGAAGAUUUUAUUAUU